GGGGGGCCGUCCGCAGCCCGCAGCCCGCGGGGAGAGCGCGAGCCCGCGCCCGGGGCCCGGCCGGGCGUCCAGACAGGUGAUGGGUGGUGCGGCAGCGGCGGCUGCAGCCUCGCUCCGGGGUCCCUCUCGGGGCUGAUGCCCGCAGAUUCGCGGAAUUGCCGGCCGGGUUGCUCCUAAAGCCAGCGCCGGGGAGCGAGCGCGGCGGCGGCCAGCACCGGGAACGCACCACGGAAGAGGCCCAGCCCCCGCCCUCCGCCCCUUCCGUCCCCACCCCCUACCCGGCGGCCCAGGAGGCUCCCGGCGCGGCGGGCGCGGCGAGCGCGCACUCCCUGCUCCUCCUCCUCGCUGGCGCUGCCUGCCUCUCCGCGCUCGCUGCUCGCGCCGGGCGCGCUCCGCCGGCUCCCUGCUCUCCGCGCCACCCUCCUCCGGGCCGCGCUCCCUGAGGGAUGGUACUGAAUUUCGCCGCCACAGGAGUCCGGCUGGAGCGCCCGCCCCGCGGCCUCGCCUCCCCGCCGAGCCGCCAGCGCCUCGGGACGCGAUGAGGACCUGGGCAUGCCUCCUGCUUCUCGGCUGCGGAUAUCUCGCCCAUGCCCUCGCCGAGGAAGCCGAGAUCCCCCGCGAGCUGAUUGAGAGGCUGGCGCGCAGUCAGAUCCACAGCAUCCGGGACCUCCAGCGACUCCUGGAGAUAGACUCCGUAGGGCCCGAGGAUGCCCUGGACACCAGCCUGAGAGCCCACGGGGGCCACGCCACCAAGCAUGCGGCCGAGAAGCGGCCUGUGCCCAUCCGGAGGAAAAGGAGCAUCGAGGAGGCCAUCCCCGCUGUCUGUAAGACCCGCACGGUCAUUUACGAGAUACCUCGGAGCCAGGUGGACCCCACGUCCGCCAACUUCCUGAUCUGGCCGCCGUGCGUGGAGGUCAAGCGCUGCACGGGCUGCUGCAACACCAGCAGCGUCAAGUGCCAGCCGACCCGCGUGCACCACCGCAGCGUCAAGGUGGCCAAGGUGGAGUACGUCAGGAAGAAGCCCAAGUUGAAGGAGGUGCAGGUGCGGCUGGAGGAGCACCUGGAGUGCGCGUGCACGGCCGCCGGCCCCCGCGAGGAGGAGACGGAUGUGAGGUGAGGACGAGCCAGCAGCCCUUCCCCGGGACACGGAUGUACGUGGCGUGUUACAUUCCUGAACUCUGUACGGUGCUUGUGGCCGGCGUGCGGUCUUUGUUCUCCUCCGUGAAACCCGUCCCCGUGCGCACCCUGGAGAACAAAGAGACGGCCCACGCGUGUUUCCUGUGACGUCAAGGCGAGAUCGUCGCCCUCGGCGACGGGAUGUGGGGAAGCUCCCUCGUCCAAACAAAGAGCGAGAGAGUGAGCGAGUGAGCGCACGCGGACUGACUCCCAGAACGUCUGAACGGUCGCCGGAGUGGGGGACGCCCCGGGGACUGGACGUCUGUCCAGGGCGGCCACAGGUGCUCAAGCCGAGGACACGGGGCCCGCUUUCGGGACGACCCCGGACGGACGCCGACGGGCCCGUGGGCGCCGGGAGUGUCUCAGAUCCGCGUCUCCUCGCGGUGGUGUUACGUCUGCACGAAACCCUCCCCAGAGCCUUAAGUGGGUUUUUUUUUUACACCAUAAAGUGAUUAUUAAGCUUUUCCUUUUUACUCUCUGCCUAGCUUUCUUUUUUUUCUUUUUUCUUUUUUUUAAUCCUCUCCUGGAUGGCGUUUACGCCGGUGACACCAGGCUGCUGUGACGGUCAGGACGGUGGGACGGUCUCUCCCAAGUGGGACGCGAGCGAGCGAGCUGUAUUAAAUAAACGCGGUGUAUACCCUC